UUGUCCGUCAUUUUGACUCUGUAUUUGCAUUGCUUUCAAUUGAUGGCGCAAUUUAAAAUGCAUUUCAUGGAAGACCCGGUGCUUUCUGAUGCCGCAAACUCCCUGGAUCUGUUGCAUAAAAGGCAUUAUGAGGAAAAGCUUCGUUUUAUACAGUCGCCAGAUCCAUAUUUGAUGCCCAAAUCGAUGUUUUUCGACCCACUGUCUUCGCCCUGUCUGCCUGACAUCUGCUACGCUGAUAUUUAAAAUGAUCUUGUCCACACAAAAUCGGCCUAUUCUCACGAAAAACUUCAAGAGCUUGGACGCUUAUAAAUACUUCGUUGCUGGUUGGGUGAAACAGGUCCUCGUUUGGCAGGAAUCUAUCUUGUGCUUGGAAAGAUCAUUUUGGUGGUGAAUAUCAACAUAUUGUAUAACCCGUACUGGAAUUGCCUCUGCAGACCUGUCCCUUCUUUCAACUCCUGAGUUGAGGCAUCAGGCUUUUGGAUCAUGGCUUCGAAACCCCACCCUCCUCUGAUGAAGAAGCACAGUCAGACAGACUUGAUAAGCCGUCUGAAAAGCCGAAAAAUUCUUGGAGUUGGAGGCGAAGAUGACGAUGGGGAAGUUCACCGAUCAAAGAUCAGUCAGAUGCUGGGAAACGAGAUGAAGUUUGCAGUUCGUGAGCCAAUCGGGCUGAGGAUGUGGUUGCUAACAUCGGCGGUGGGCUUCACGGUCAUUGCCAUAAUGGCCUUGGUUUUUCCCAACCAUCUAUAUGAGGUUGUUUUUGAAGAGGAACUGUCUACAACCAGCCUCUCCGUUCGCCUUUACGGAGGGGCACUACUCAGCUUGGCCCUCAUCAUUUGGAAUGGCCUCUACACAGCAGAGAAGAUUGUCAUCCAGUGGACUCUGCUGAGUGAAGCUUGCUACUUUGCAGUGCAGUUUCUUGUGACAUCCAUCACCUUAAUUGAGAUCGGUGUGUUACCAAACACUGCCAUACUGCUGCUACUGAGCAGAGUACUCUUCCUAGUGGUCACAAUGGCUUACUACUACCACCUGGGUCGCAGGCCAAAGAAGAUCUAAGAUGACACAUAAGCUGCAGUGGGUGGACAACACCGAUCAGCACAGAUCACAAAACACGUGCUUGGAUUUGGUUUGGAUGAUAAUUUGAAAUGGAGCGUUAUAGUUUUCCAAUGCUCCAUCCAUCGCAGGGACCCAUCUUAAAUGUUAACCCCCAAAUAGUCAACAAAUGAGCACAUUAUAGACUUAAUAUGGACAAAUAAAUGCAUAGAAGUGAAAGACGUUGACGCAAAUUCCUCCCAAUUGCUUGUUAUUUAAAAAAAAAAAAAAAAAAAGUUAUGUGUUUCUUUGUUCGUAUUUGUGUUGCCUUGUUCAGGAUCAGAUGUAGACUGUACAGAGGUCUGUCACUCUUUUGCUAUCACAAGAAUAUUCUCAAAUUUACGGUUUGGCUACUGUUAUUUUGUAAGAAGCUGCAUUUGGACACUUCCUCCUCAUCGUACUUGAGGAUGAAUCAUUUGUGCUGGAGUUUGUUGUUCUUUUUAUUCACACUGUGUGUGUGCUAACGUGCUUCUGCGUCAACAGUGCUCAGUGGAAAUUAGCACAGUGAUGAACUGCAUUGUAACUGAGUGCAAAUCAAGGAUGUGUGUUUAUUAUUAACUCAAUGCUGUCAAAGUAAAGAGUAAAAUGUAUGCAAUGUAUUUACAACAGUAAUGUUGUCAACAUGCAAGGCAGGAUGAGCAUGAAACAGUUGGCCUUUAGUGUUGAGCUGGCAGCACAGAGUGUCCAAAAAACAGCAGUGGUUCCUCAUGGAGAUGGUAGCACAUUUUUUUUAAUAUACCGUCAUAUACAUAGUCUUGCCUUCACUAUUUAAAACAGUCGCCAACACUGCAUCUAGGCCCUAAAUGGGCGUAUACGUAAAUAACAUUACAUGUGCUGGUGUUGUCAAACGGACAUGGAACUUGUUCAGUAUUAGCUAAUGCUAGCAUUUCUCAAGUGUAAUUUGAUACAACUCUUUUAUAUGGAUGUCAUGCAUGUAAUAAUUCAUAAUUGCAGAAAAGGCUGAUACAGUGUAGCAUCCAAUUAACCAAAUGACGUGUUCUCAUUGGUGAAUGUGGAAAUCUCUAAAUGAUUUGGUAUGUUUGAGGGUGACAAAAAGAUUAGCGUAUUUUUCGUACUAUAAGUCGCACCUGAGUAUAAGUCGCACCAGCCCAAAAAUGCACCAUGAAGAGGAAAAAAAAAAAACAUAAGACGCACCGGAGUAUAAGUCGCAUUUUGGGGGUACAUUUACUUAUACAGUAGAGAACAACAUGCUGAAUAAGUGUACAGUAUGUUAAUGUUACAUGAUGCAUGAACAAUGAAAUGCGAAUGUGGCCGGUAUGUUAACAUAACAUAGAUAAUAAGCAUUAUUCAGAUAACUAUAGCAUAAAGAACAUGCUAACAAGCUUACCAAACCAUCAGUGUCACUCCAAAACACCAAAAUGUGAACAUGUGAAAUGAUAUAUGAAAUGAUUGUGGGGUGGCGUGGCUCAAUGGUAGAGUAUUGUCCCCCAAACCAGAGGUUGUGGGUUCAAUUCUUCGCCCUGAUGAACUCGCCUAAGUGUCCUUGAGCAAGAUACUGAACCCCAUGUUGCUCCUGGUGCUGCGUCACCAGUAGGUGGAUGGCGAGAUAGUGUAAAGCGCUUUGAGCGCCUUGAAAGGUGGAAAAGCGCUAUAUAAGUAUAACACCAUUUACCAUAUAAUGUGUUAAUAAUUUCACACAUAAGUCGCUCCAGAGUAUAAGUCGCACCCCCAGCCACACUAUGGAAAAACAAACUGCAACUUAUAGUACGAAAAAUACUGUAUGUGUGUUGUCAUGGUUACUUGGCUCCCAUCAUUCACUGGCAUUAUUCCAAUUUAGUCGACGUUUCCCUACCUUUGGCUCGGGCAAGGGAAAUUUCUAAAAUAUUGCCAACUGAAAACAAAACUUAAAUUGGUUCAUACACAUACACUGCCUCCUCCAGGUGGUCCCGCAGUCCCACCCCAGAUGGGAGUAGUCCUGAGGUCAGAGUGAUUGCGGGUUUGCAUUUGCACAUCCAGUAUUGAGCACGCAUGUGCUUUUGCUUGAGUCUGAACUCCAACUAGGAAAUACUGCACGUGGGUAAGGUCCCUUGAACUGUUUUAGAGUAAUAAUUAUCUUUUACCAGGGUUUAAUUAGAUACUGUUCUCUCCAGUGACAGUGUAUUACUCUCUUCUUACUAGCCUACUGAUUAAGGGGUUUGAGGGGGGGUCCAUUUCCAUCUCAAAUUAUCAUACUUGACAUUUUCAAAGGUUUGAAGUGUGUUUUUAGCACUGAUGGACUUUUAUGGGCAUGGAGAAACCAGCCGACAAAAAAAGUCGUUUUAUUCUCACAGUCCUCGGACUUUCCUCUUUUAAAAAAAUAUAAAAUUGGCUGUUCAUUUUUGUUGGGUUAAAGAUCGAGUGCAGUUGUUUCACUGUGAUACAUUUCUAAAUUAGAUAUUUCUGUUCUGAAUAGCAUACCGGGUCAAUGUUUCAACUAGUAGCAUUUUUUUCUGUAUAGACUGUGGAUCUUGCACCUCAAAUAAUUUGUUUGAAAUAAAGUACCUUUGUUAAUUUUAAAGACUUCU